UUGAUUCUGAGAACGAUAAAUCGUGGGAGUGGUUCUUAAAAAAAAUAAGAGAAGCAUUCGGGGUUCGAGAAUGUCAAUGCCUAAUAUCAGACAGACAUGAAAGCAUCAUCAAAGCAACUAGGAAAGUGUUCCCUGAAAUAACACAUGGCUACUGCAUCUUCCACCUCUUGUCGAACCUCAAAACAAAAUUCAAGGAAAAUGCAAAGCAUUUCAGAGUGCCAUUCUUUGCAGCUGCAAAAGCUUACACAGAAAUGGAGUUUUAAUUCCAUAUGAGGGAGCUAGACAACUUGGAUAAGCGCAUAAGACCGUACCUGGAGAAAAUUGGCCAUGAAAAAUGGUCAAGGUAUCAUUCAGAAAACAACAGGUACUCUACCAUGACAUCAAACAUAGCUGAGGCACUGAACUCAGCAAAUUUAGCAGCAAGGGAAACACCAGUGACAACAUUAAUGGAGUGCUUGAGGGCACAAAUGCAAGAGUGGACAUACAAUAAUAGAAAGGAGGCACAAAAAUGCACAACAAGGCUGACACCAUCAUCUGAGAAAAAACUCAUAGGGAACUAUGUACAGUCAUUGCGACUAACAGUGAAACCAGCAAACCAGAACCUGUUUGAGGUGAUAGAUGAAGACAGAACAAGAAUAGUAAACUUGAAGGAGAAGACGUGCACAUGCAAUAGAUUUCAAAAAGAUGAAAUGCCAUGUAACCAUGCAGUCGCCGUCAUGAAGGACUUGAACAUAAACACAUACAACUACUGUGCACAAUACUACACAUCAAAAGCAUGGCUGCAAACAUAUGAAGAAACAAAAGAUACCCAGUUGGAAACGUAA